CGUCUCACUAGGACUGCACAAUAAACACAGGGCGCCUCGCCUGCGAGUUUGUGGAUUUUUUUUUCUUCUGCUCUCCUUGUAACCGGUUCCGUUUGCCAGCUGCCCCCCACACACCCCCACCUCCCCCUUCGCAGCCGGGAGAGAAAGAAAAGAAAGCAGCAGUGGGAGAAGCCCACAGAAGCGGCGAUCCAACCAACAUGGCCCCCUCGGCUCGGCCCAGCAACCCCGGACUUGAUACGGAGGAAGAUGAGUCGGACUACGGGAUCCAGAAAGGGGACAGAAAGACCAGGAAGCCGCUGGUGGAGAAGAAGCGGCGAGCUCGCAUCAACGACAGUCUGCAGGAGCUGCGGACUUUGCUGGCGGACACGGACUUUCACUCCAAGAUGGAGAACGCGGAGGUGCUGGAGAUGACGGUGAAGAAGGUGGAGGAUGUACUGAAGAACCGGACCCAAGAAACAGACGCACUCGGCCGAGAGGCCAGCGAGAGGUUCGCGGCCGGCUACAUCCAGUGCAUGCACGAGGUCCACACGUUCGUGUCCAGCUGUCCCGGGAUAGACGCCACGGUGGCGGCGGAGCUCCUCAACCACCUCCUGGAGUGCAUGCCCCUGAACGAGGACCACCUCCAGGACGUGCUGAUGGAUCUAAUCACGGACGCUCCCGGGAGUAACGGCGGCGGCGGCGGCGGCGGCAGCACUUGGCGCGGCGGGGACGAGUCGCCGGCGCGCUCGACCCCGGCCUCGCCCGGAGGGAGGAGCGGGUCCGGCGGCUCGUCCUCGGCGCCGUCCCCGGCGCCCUCCGCCUCGUCCAGCGAGGACCUGUGCUCCGACCUGGACGAGACCGACAGCGAGCACAACCAGAGCUCCACCGAGGGCUCGGAGAACGGGGAGGCCCUGAGCAUGCCCACCGUGACCUACCCGCGGUCCAUGUGGAGACCCUGGUAGGAGGUCUGGGGGUCGUGGGGCCUCUUAACCGGAAAAAGGGGAAAAGUCCACUCAACAACUACAAAACUAUUUGCGGUGGUGCAACCUGCAUUUCAUGUGCACUGUUUUUUGCAGAUUAUGCAUGGAUGUUUCUUCUGGAUUCCCCACAUUGACGUUCAAUAACCAGUGCAGUGCAUCCGCGGACCACGUGGCCUUUUUGUGGAGUGACCGUUGCUUUUUUUUUUCUCUCUCUCUCUCUUCACGACCGAAUGCGAGGCAGAAGUUUAAAUCCUGCCCCUCGGCAUUCUGGGAAAAUGUCGGAAAUCACUCAGUAGAAAUUCAC